AACAGCGACUUCCUAAAGAGAGGCGCAAAAGCUGGGUCUCCAGAGGCUUCGAGGGACCCAGAGGCUAGAUCAGGACGGUUCAGGGUGCGGACCCCGGGUGCUCAAGGAGUUGGCGUCGGAGCAGCAGCGGCGCGGGUGAAGCAGGCAGGUUCUCGCCAUCCCUGCAGCCCAAACUGGGCGCAGCCCGAGCGGGGCGCAGCAAGCGGAAAACAAUUGCUUUUCUUUCCUCGUUUUUGGAAGCCCUGCUUACCACGCAGCUGCACAAUACAUCUGGGUUCUUUGAUGGAUGAAGAAAGCGAAUCCAUCCAGCUUCAAGAACAGAGCUGCUGGGCCACCCUGCCUGAUGUGUGCCUGCGUCGUGUCUUCUGGUGGCUGGGUGACAGGGACAGGUCCAGGGCAGCCCUGGUCUGCAGAAAGUGGAACCAGAUGAUGUAUUCAGCUGACCUCUGGCGAUACAGGACCAUCACCUUCAGCGGGAGACCUUCCCGGGUACAUGCAUCCGAAUUUGAGUCAGCUCUUUGGUAUGUUAAGAAGUUUGGCCGUUAUCUGGAACACCUGGAGAUCAAAUUCUUGAAUCCUUACAAUGCUGUCUUGACCAAGAAGUUUCAGGUCACCAUGCGAGGUCUUCUCUCUUGCCUGGGCAAAAGUAACAACCGCCUGAAGUCUCUUUCCAUCCAGCACCUGGAACUGGACCGUCUGGUCUGGAGGAACAGCAUCAGGAGCUCUCUCAUCAAGAGCCUGAGCUUCUUUCUAAAGAAAGUGGGCAAACACCUGGACUACCUCAGUCUGAAAGGGGCCAGGCUGACAGUGGAGCAAGGCUGCCAUGUCCUCAACUCCCUGAGCUACCUACGGAACGAGAGCAUUGCCUCGGAGCUCAACAUCGAGGAUUACUUCAGCCAUCACCUGGCCGUCUACAGCAGCCCCCAGUUCAACAAGACCAUGGCCACAUUCCAUAACUUGGUGUCACUGACACUCAACUACAACUGUAUCUCCGAUGAGCUGCUGGAGAACUUGGGUGAGAACAAUGCCAGCACCCUCUGGACCAUGAACAUCAAAUGCCACAUUCAUGAUCCCCAUGGCCAAGUUGUCUGGGGCAUGUCCUGGGCCAAGCUGGCCAGACAAGCCAGCAACUUGAAGGUGAACUUCUUCUUUGAACGGGUCAUGAAGUACGAGCGCUUGGCUCGGAUCCUCCUGCAGGAGAUCCCAGUCAGGAGCAUCAGUCUGAGAAGCUGCUAUUUCAGUGAUCCAGACUGGUCCAUGCGGCCGACUCUGAUGGACCUCCUCCCCACCUUCCGACACACUCUGCAGAAAUUAACUUUUGAGUUCAACAACAACCAUGAGUCACUUGAUGAAGAGCUGCAUCUUCUCAUUCUAAACUGCAGGAAGCUGUUUUACUUUAAAAUCUGGGCUUUCCUAGAUGUUAGGUUUGUAGAGCGGAUUCUGAAGAGCCAAGAGGAGGGGCAGUGUGCCCUGCGUACCCUCAAGGUGAGAAUUUAUACAAACAGAUAUGAGACAAAUGAAGAAGACAGGACCCUCCGGGAAAUUUACAGGAAGUACAGAAAGCUGAUCGAUUCAGAGCUUAACUAUUUUGUCAUCGCUUAUCCCAUGAUGUGAAGAGCACUCUCCAGAAGAAGAAAUCUAGGAGCACUUUGAACUUGGAAAUCCAAUUUUUAGAGAACUAUGCUUGGGGCACUCCACCUCCAACCCUCUUUCCUUUCCUUUUUGCCAAUUCCACUCCAUCACGAACAGCCCGGCAAAGGCUGGGACUGCUGGUGAUGUGAAGUGCCCAGGUGACUUUAAAGUGCUAUCUUUACCAACUAUCCAGUGGUAAUUUCUGUUUUUUAUCAUUUGGGUUUUUGUCUUAUGACACCCUCAUUCAGCCAUGGGGCCGGGGGUGGGGGGAUACCCCAAAGCCUCUAGAAGUAGCUUCCUUCUAAGGGAUGCUAACUCCAGCUAACCUGUGCUCCUAAAAAGGUGUGUAACUAGCCAGGAGCAAAAAGAAUCUAUGAUCUACAUUGCCAGUUUAGAACUAUAUCCUUCAUGUCAGCCUCCUGACACUGACAUGGGCAGGGCCUGAUCUCACCUAAAUGGAAAUCCACCAGCCUGUCCUUGAACGAAGCAGAAGAACCCCACUUGCAGAAGGAGCCUGCUUAGAGCUGCUACUCCCUCCCAUGGGAGGAACUCAGGUCCUGAUUUUUCACCCUUGUGGACUCAGUUCUCCUGCGUUGGCUUUGUUUAUGUCUUCAUGCCCAGUCCUCUGCAAACACUUAGUCCUCAAUGUGGGGCUGAACCAGAAGCAACAAUUGCACUCAUAUUUAUGAAGAAUUUGUAAUGUCAUGGGGGAAGCAUUUCUAAUGUAAUGCUAAGGACUCCAUAUUUAAUAUGAUAACUGUCGUAUAAAGCACAUCCGAGUUUUUUGUUUUUUUUUUUUAACCCAGAAGAAAUAUACCAGAUAUGUUAGGAGUUAUUUCUGGGGGUAGAAUUAUAGGUGGUCUUUAUUCUCUUUUUUAUGUUUGUCUGUAUUUCUAAACUUUUCUACAAUGACCAUGUUAUUUUUAUAAUUAGGAAAAAAUCUAGUGUGUUUAAAAUAACAAGUAAAUAUAAAUUCCUGAGUCUGUGCCAUAGACAUAUUUUACUUCUGUGCCUUGGAGAUUUUUGUGCACAUAGUUGCCUAUUAUUCUCUUUUUCAAUGUAUAUAAAUGAAUAAAAUCCCAGAAUACUUUU